AUGGAUACCAAAGCAGCAUCAGCGGGACCCGCCCCGACGCAUUUACCCUCGUCCACAUAUCCAGCGACGUCACCGUACUCGAAGGGUGCCCGGUCGUCGCAUCAGUAUUUUAGUCUAAGAUGGAACAACUACCAAUCCAACAUGACAUCCGUGUUUCACGAGCUGCUCGAAUCGCAAUCCUUCGUCGAUGUAACGCUCGCCUGCGAAUACAAUUCGCUGAAGGCACACAAGGUGGUGCUGUCGGCGUGUUCGGCAUACUUUCAGAAAAUUCUCCUCGACAACCCGUGCAAGCAUCCGACCAUCAUACUGCCGGCAGAUAUCUGCUUCUCCGAUCUGCAGUUCAUCAUCGAGUUUGUGUACCGCGGCGAAAUCGAUGUGUCCGAGGCAGAACUACAGAGUUUACUACGGACGGCAGAACAGCUAAAAAUUAAGGGUCUGUGCGAGGUGGGUGAACCACAGUACGAGCAGGAUUACUCGCCAGCGCUAAAACGUUACAAACCGUACCGGUCACGAUCGCCACCGGACAACCGGCAUCAGCACCAUCACCAUCAGCAACCACCGCCCCCACCACCACCACCGUCCGGCUCGUCGGGCACGAGUAGCGGUGGCCGAUCGGGAGGUUCUGGAGCAGUAGGAGGAGGAGGAGGAGGAGGAGGAGGUGGAGGAGGAUCACACGGGAGUGGUAGCGGUGGCAGUAACAAUAACAGUUCGUCUUCCUCCCAAUCGACGGGAUACAGUGAGAACGGCAAGGGCUGUGGUACGGGCAAGGGCGGUAGCGGCGGAGCUGGCGGCGGAGUUAUAGGAGGAAUUGGAUCGGGUGCAGGACGUAGCCUUUAUCAUCCUUCCCAGCAUCAUCACCCGCUGCACCACCAUCACCAUCAUCAUCAUCCGCACCUGCAUCAUCUGCAUCACGGUGGUGACACGCGAACCGCUGGCGGCCAUCUUGUCGAGGAGGACGAUGAUGGAUCACCGUCCUCAGUGUUAGUGGUCGAAACGCACGAUCUAAGCACGUCCGGUUCGAAGGACAAACAUUAUCAGCAGCACCAUCAUUCGUCGCAGCACCAGCAGCAGCACCAUCAUCCUCACCAUCCCCAUCAUCCGCCUUCGCAGCAGCAUCCCCUCGGAAGCAAAAUGGCCAGCCUAGGGAUGGGCGUUGGAAUAAAUGGUUCCGUUAUGGGCGUACCUAUGGGUUAUUUGGACUUUGCACCAGAGCCUCCAGCACCGACAGCGACACCAGUGACAGAACAUGUGGACAUUAAUUGUGCGCCUAGUAGCCACGAUACACGUGAUCUGUCCAGUAAGUAUUCUGUGCCAAACGAUGGUGAUUUACGAGUGAAAUUCGAAACGUUACGUUCGCUAGAUCCUCCCAAUGCGGUUCAACUGGACAAUCACGCUGUCAGCCAUCAGCAGCAGCUCCACCAUCAGCAGCAACAGCAGCAAGCCCAACAGCAGCAGCUUUUGCAGCAACAGCAUUUACUACAACAGCAGCAGCAGCAGCAGCAGCAACAGCAACAAAGACAGACACCUCAGCCAGCGGGAGCUCAACAGCAGCAGAACGAUCAGCGGCACUCGCCACCACACAUGCAACAGCAGCAGCAGCAACAGCACGUGAUGCUGAUCGAUCAGCAACAGCAACACCAUCCAACAACGCAUAGCCCGGCAUCGAGCGUAUCGUCCUCAUCAUCCAGCCAGCAUCCGGAGAAUUUAGUAACCGGUAGCGGUGGUGCCGCCGGAUCCGUAACACCGGGUCCCGCCACCAACAACAGCAACGGAAAUGGCGGUGGUCCGCCGGCGAGUGGGGAUGACAUGAAGCCGAGACUGAAUCUGAAGCAGGAAAAUCUUAGCGAUGGCGGUGCCGACCAACAUCAAACGAUGGAGGUCGAACAGGAUCAAUCGUCGAUGCACGGCAUGGUGGUGACGCCGGAAAUUUCGGGCAUCAUGAACCAGAGCCAAAUGAGCGAUAUGUAUCAGUCGGAUGCAAGCGAAGACUCGAAGGUUGGCAUACUGGAUGGGUCGUCGAUACAGUACACAAACCUGACGAGUCCGAACGAAGCAAAAACGCCUACCGGACCGAAAACAUGGACUGCAGAAGAUAUGGAAUCGGCGCUGGAAGCGCUACGUUCACACAACAUGAGCUUGACAAAGGCAUCCGCUACGUACGGUAUUCCAUCGACGACGCUGUGGCAACGUGCGCACCGGCUCGGUAUUGAUACGCCGAAAAAGGAGGGUCCGUCUAAAACGUGGAACGAAGAUUCGCUCAACAGCGCACUGGAAGCGCUGCGGACGGGCACGAUCUCCGCCAACAAAGCGUCGAAAGCGUUCGGCAUACCGUCGUCCACGCUGUACAAGAUCGCGCGCCGUGAAGGCAUCCGGCUGGCGGCACCGUUCAAUGCGGCACCCACCACCUGGUCCGCGGAGGAUCUGGACCGUGCCUUGGAAGCGAUCCGCGCGGGGCAAACGUCAGUACAGAAGGCCAGUACGGAGUUCGGUAUCCCAACCGGUACGCUGUACGGGCGCUGUAAACGCGAGGGCAUCGAGCUGUCGCGUUCCAACCCGACGCCCUGGUCGGAAGACGCAAUGAUGGAGGCCUUGGAGUCCGUAAAACAAGGGCACAUGUCGAUCAAUCAAGCCGCCAUCCACUAUAAUCUACCGUACAGCUCGCUGUACGGUCGGUUCAAACGGGGCAAGUACGAUACGCCCAGCUCGGGAGGCGGCGGCGGCGGCGGUGGCAGUUCGUCUAAUGCUGCUGCUGCUGCUGCUGCUACCGGUGGUGGUGGUGGCGCGGGCAGUGGCGGCAGUAAUGGUGGCGCCAACGCCACCAGUGCCGGUACAGGUGGCAGUAAUGUUGGCGGUAGUCCCCAGAUGGAGUUUAAGAUAGAACCACAGCAUAACGAUCAUAGUCCAGAGAACACGCAACAUUACAAUCCUGCACUAUCGGCUUCCUCGACACCUACAAGUAACACACCGACCCAGCAGCAGCAGCAGCAGCAGCAGCAGCAACAGCAACAGCAGCAGCAACAGCAACAACAACAGCAACAACAGCAGCAGCAGCAGCUUACCCACCAUUUAGUUCAACAGUCUCCAUCGGUACUACCGGUCAGCAUUCACAUCGUCGAUGCGGCCCAUCAUCAUCUUACGCAUCCACAUCAGCAACUACACCACCAGCAGCAGCAGCAACUUACGCAGCCGCAGCACGUGGUGGUGGCGCAACAUCAGCAGCAGCAGCAGCACCAUCAUCUGCACCAUCAGCCACAGCUAAUACAGCAUCACAUCAUUCCGCAGCAGCAUCACAUCAUCUAUCAGCAGCCGCUGCAAUCGAUCCAGCAGCAGCCCCAGUACCAUCCGAUGUACCACAUCAUCAAGCAGGAAAAUGAUAGAAGUUGAAAGCACCGGCGCAC